CUGAAGCAGGGCAACAACGUCUGGCUGUCCGCAUACGGCCCCCACAACUGGGGCUACACCGCCCAAAUAACGCCGGAGCAGGGGGAACUGAUCAUCCCCCGAGGCAAGGCCACCGGCGGCUCCAGCGCGGUAAACGGGCAGGUUAUGUUCCGGGGCAUCCCCGAGGACUAUGACCGGUGGGCCGAGUGGGGCAACGACGAGUGGAGUUUCACCGGCGUGCUUCCCUACUUCAACAAGCUGGAGACGGACCAGGACUUCGGGGGCGAUGACUUCCACGGCACCAGCGGGCCGGUGCCGGUGCGCCGCUCGCCCCGCAGCGAGUGGAUGCCCCAUGCCCAGGCCUUCGAGCGGGCCUGCGUCGACCUCGGCUUUCGCAUAGACGAGGACCAGAACCACCCCGAGUCCACCGGCAUAUCGCCUCGUGCCCGCAACACCAUAGACGGCGUGCGGAUGAGCAUGUCCCUGACCUACCUGGAACAGGCCCGCCACCGCUUGAACCUGACCGUCAGGAGCGGGGUUACCGCCCGCCGGAUUCUGUUUGAGGGCAAGCGGGCCGUGGGGGUAGAGGCCGAGAGCGGGGGAGAGGUCUUCACGGUGGAAGGCGAGCAGAUUGUGGUGAGCAGCGGAGCCAUUGGGUCGCCCCAGUUGCUGAUGCUGUCCGGGGUGGGUCCAGCCGAACACAUCAGCAGCUUCGGAAUCGACGUGGUGCAGGACCUGCCCGGCGUGGGCCAGAACCUGCGGGACCAUCCCUCGGCCGCCGUCCUUUACAUGGCAACUGGGGAGAAGCCUGACGUGCAAGCGCCGGUGAUCCAGGUGGGGCUGCGCUAUACCGUUGAGGGCUCGGACCUGCGCAACGACAUGCAGCUAAGUCCCAUGCUGAUGACCAGUGAGCACCGUCCCGCGCAGGUGGAAAUCAACGACGAUCUUAACUACAUCGGCAUGAGCGCCAGCCUGCAGUUGGCCCUGGGCAAGGGGGAGUUGACCCUGCAGUCGGCCGACCCCCACGUACAACCGAGGCUGAACUACAACUACUACCAGGAAGAGGAAGACCUGCGGCGGAUGCGUGAGGCCAUCCGGCUGGGGGUGCGGGUUGCCGAGCAGCCUUACUUCUCCGACCUGCUGCUGGAGCGCAUCAUGCCCACCGACGAGGAGUUGACUUCUGACGAGUUGCUGAACGACUGGCUCCGGCACAACUCGGGCACCUCCCACCACGUAUCGGGCACCUGCAAGAUGGGCCCGGACUCGGACCCCAUGGCAGUGGUGGACCAGUUCCUGCGCGUGAGGGGCGUUGAGGGCCUGCGGGUAGCCGACGCCUCAGUGAUGCCCGACUGCAUCCGGGCCAACACCAACGCCACCACGCUGAUGAUUGCCGAGAAGGUAUCGGACUAUAUUAAGGAGGGGAGAUAG